CUCAGACAACUCAACUCCUCGCCCGGAACAAACUCCCCCAUCCAAGCAUCCGUUCACGAUACAACCGACAAUCUACUCCUUCCCGCAUAACCCACCGUUAGGCAAUAACUAUGGCACCUCACGGUCCACCUCGUCUUCCCCCCCCGCCUUCCCCCCAAUGGGUGAUUGAUCUGAACAACCUUCCGUCCUCUCGCCCUAGGCCUAAUCCCUCCAUUCCCGAUCCCCCCGGCUUCUCUCAGGGCUCCGCUGGCAAAGGGAAAUCAAGCAAAUCCCAUCCGACCCCUACGCCCACCGAAACCGAUGAUCUAUUCCUGAAGAAAGCAUGGGAGCUCGCCCUGGCACCCGCGAAAUCUAUCCCCAUGAACGCUAUAAUGAUGUACAUGUCCGGCAACACACUCCAAAUCUUCUCCAUCAUGAUGACCGUCAUGCUGUUCAUGAAUCCCCUCAAGGCACUUUCUACUGUUGGCAGCACCUUUGCUCGAUUUGAUAACGAAAGGACUCACACAAGACUCUGGCCAGUCAAGCUUGCUUACAUUGGACUUCAAAUUGCUACGAUUGCUCUUGGUAUAUGGAAGGUUAAUGGGAUGGGGCUAUUACCGAAUACGCGCUCCGAUUGGCUGGCUUGGGAAAGGGAGCGGCAAAGUUUGGAAUUAUCUGCAGUGGCACUUCAGUAGCAGCUGUUCCUACGAAGGAACGCUGCUUCCUCUUAGUUCACAAAUGAUAGCCCUAUUCCCCCGUUUUUCCUUUUGAUUAGUAUGACGAAUAUCCACCGUUGAGUUGAAGAGACAAAUCCGAUAUGAUAGAAGUUAUAUUCUAUGAGCAAAA